CCGUUAGGCUGAAAUUAAGAUUGAAUUAAUAAUUUGUUUCUGCAGAGACUCCAAAAAUCUAUUAUAUUCGAUCUCUAAUAUUUAUGUAUUUUUAAGCCAACAGAAUAUGGAUUCAGAUAUAUCCAACUGUUGUCAAGUAUUGCAGCAAGAACUUGAAGAUGCAAAGUGUCAUUUGGACGUUCUUAACAACAAUAUACGAAAGAUUGUUGGUCGGCCAAGGGAUCUGGGAAAUGAUAAAAACGUUGAAGACAACUCCAAAGAUGAAUGUUCUCAGAAAUAUGCAACUGAAAGAAAGAGCAGAAGGACACAGGAAGUAAAAUCGGUGUUUAACCGAUUAUCAAUAUCAAAUGAUGAUUUAAGGCCGAGAUUGAGUUCACGCGUAAUAAAGGAAUUACCAACAAGACAAGACGUGUUAAAAGCUCAGGAAUCCGAUUUAGAAUCCAGAGCCAGAAAUCGGAGAAUGUUUGGAUCUCUCUUAGGUACAUUGCACAAAUUUUGUCAAGAGGAAUCUCGUUUAAAACUGAAAGAAGAUAAAAAGGCACAAGUGGAAAAAAAGUUGGAACAGCAACAAUUACUUGAACGAGAAGCAUUAAGAAAAGAACGUGAUUGUCUCUUAUUGAAUCGACAGAAAAAACAGGAAAAAAUUACAGCUAUAGAGUUGAAACUAAAUCGGUUAAAAGAUUUUACUGCAUUUGAAAACACAUCAAAAAACUGUAGGGGCUGUAUUAAAACAAAGACGAAGCCUUCGCUUUUCUAUAGGCCAUAUAAAUUCAGCAAAAAAACUCAAUUUCUUUUAAAUAAUAGUCGGCAAUCCAUGGAGUCAGAAAUGAGAAGUCGAAAAAUAAUGCUUAAUAGUGAACUGAAAGAGUUUGAUUUCGAAAAUGACACUGAAGACAAUAAUGACAAAGGAACCGCAUCAAAUCAAAACACCAUAAACAUAAUUAAUAAACCAUGCUUAGUUCAAGGGGAGUUGGAGUUCAAAGAGAAUAAAUCUAGGAAUUCGAACGAACCAACUUUAAUUAGCAGUAUAAUUGUUGUUAAAAACAAUAAAUAGGCUUGUAUUUUUCUGUUAAUAUAAAAUUAUCGAAUAAAUCUAAGUAAUUUACUUUGAUACGAUAAACUCAA